AUGUCUUUUGGAUAUGCCGUGGGUGACGUUAUCGCCAUCCUAGGCCUCUUUGAGCGCAUUGCCAUCGAGCUGCGCAACUACAAGGACGCCCCGAUGCAUUUUCAACGGCUUUGUGCCGAACUGGAUCUUGUGCGGAGCACCCUAAAGCACGUCUUGAUUUUGGAACCUGAGUCCCCUGCGGAGCGUCAGACGUUGGAAAAAGUCAGGGCGAUCAUCAUGCAUUGCAGGCAGCCCCUGCAGUCCAUGGCUGAGAAGAUGCGAGCAAAAGAAAGCAGCUUGGGCCACUUCAAAACUACCAGGAGCCUAAGCAGUAUCGGAACCAGGCUUCAUUGGUCCAUGAUAGCGCAAGGCGAUGUGGAGGAAUUGAGGAAAACUAUCAUGUCUCAGAUGGCUGCUAUCAAUAUCCUCCUGAGCGUCCAGCAGAUCCAGUCAUUGAUGGUUGAGAAACAUGCAAAUGCCAUAGCAGGACACGCAUCGAACAUCCUGACCAUAACAUCGAGAACACAGAGUGCAAUCGACGCACUGGCAGUUGAUGCAGGUACUAAUGCCGAAGCACAGUCCAAGCAAGCCAAUAUGAUUAAUAAGAAUUUGAAUGCUAUCGAGAAGACAAUGCUUGGCCUGGCGCGGAAAACUGAGAACACCACAGCAAUGGUUCGUCGCCAAGCGGCUUUCUUAAGUCGCCACGCCAAGAUUCUAUUUCGUCUUAUGCAAGACCUGAAAGAGCUUUUUAAGCUGUACCUGCUUCUUGAUAUCACCGCGCAACUAAAACACAUCAUACGAGCUAUUGAGGCAAUACCACUGCAUCUCACCCUUGAUAUCGUUCGACUAGAUGAUGCACAUGGGGAGAGCUGGGCCUUACCGCUACAGGCUUGUACAACUUGGGAAUCCUUCAACGACAUGCUCCAAUUCGUAGUCUAUGCCAACAACAGACCCGGAGCAGAUUAUAUUACUCACAACCUAUUCGACGUGUCGAAUGCUAAGACUGGAAAACAUGUCGAUCAGAAUACUUGGGAAAUGUCUGUAAAACCUGGCUUUCACGUCGAGCAAGCCAUGGUUGUUAAAAGGGCCCACUCACUUGAAAGUUGCACGGAUUCAGACUGCCCCGGGACAUUUACGGAGCAAGUCUUGCAGCAUCAGAACCGAAAAGUCUGGGUCAGAUACCUCCAACCGAUGGAGCCUAUACAGAAUAUGGACGAUGCUCAUCAUCUAUUGAGUGAAACCCCAACUCACCCCAUGGCAAACGCCUUCAUUGGACUUGAAAUUCUUCGAACAGCAGAAGAAGGAUUUGUGGAUAAUUCAGUUCAAAAUGCAAGAGAACACUUAGAAAUCGCCGUUAAAUCAGAUCAGUACCGAGAUUCAUUCGACUAUUUAGCCCGCGCUCUCAGGCUUAAUGUUCAUCUCUUCGAGCCUUGGUACAACCUCGGUGUCUUGUAUGACCUCUGCACCAACCAACACGAUGAAGCUGUAAAAGCAUUUAUCGAGUGCCUGGAACGGGCUCCGGAGUUGCUGAACGUUCAGGCACGAGUCGACGCUCAAAAGGCCUAUAUUGAAGACGAUGACCUCAAGCUUUUCAAUGAUAGCUUAAUCGAAGAAAUGAUUGAAACGCCAUUAAGCGACCAGUACUACAAGGUUCAUACCAUGCCUGCCUCAGAUGAUCACUUUACUCUGGAUCCUAUUCGGCAGGAUACUUGGGAAGAUAAUAACGCAGAUAAAGACAGUCUAAGUGAUGAUGAUUACAGUGAUUGGGACGAAUCGAGCGAAGAUAACAUGAUUGCAGCCGACUUCUCACAGAGAAUGGCUUAG